ACUUUUUUUGGCAAAGCUGUUGAUAAGCCAAUUUGUACGAUUCAUCCCACGUGGAGAAGAUAUGCUAUGUACAAAAGGAAAAAUGAUUGUAAAGGGAGCCUUAUCAUAUUGAAAGAGUGAUGAAAUUGUAAUCAACUUAUAUUAGACAUUUCUCGCAACUAAAUGAUCUUCUGUGGUAGAUCAUUUUUUGAAGAUGUGUGUAAAUAAAUUUCUGCGAUAUAAUGCUUAUUUGCUCCCAUAAAAGUGUUCAGAUUGUUAAAGAAAAAAUUAUCGUUCUAGAUUGUGCCAUCAAUUGAAUAUGGCUGCACACACUUGGGACAAUCUCAUCAGUCAUCCGCAAGAUUCGCAAGUGUGAAGAACUAAAAAUCUAAAUGUGAAAUUUUUAGGGCAAUUAAUUUAAAUUUUUAAAAGUACAAAAAUGGUGUUCAAAGGUGUUCGAAUAAGUGGAAAGUUAAUACAGUUCCUAGGUGCCAUUUGUGCAAAUUUUGGUGGAAUUGCUUAUGGUUUUGUUGUGGGAUGGCCAUCGGCAACAAUGCCCAUCCUAUCAUCAGCAGAAUCACCUCUACCAUCCGGUCCUCUGACUACACAAGAAGUCUCUCUCAUCAAUUCCAUCAUGGCUCUAGGAGGAAUGGUUGGAGCUGUGAUAUUUGGAUGGGUAUCUGAUCGUUUUGGGCGAAAGUGGCCCUUAGUCGUCGGGAUGAUACCUCAGGCAAUUGCCUUCGUUCUAAUCGCAACAGCGCAGAAUACGAUAUUUCUCUACUGUUCGAGAUUCCUUUCAGGAAUUUCUGGUGGAGCUCUCUUCGUCCUUGCGCCCAUCUACGUCAGUGAAAUCUCAGAGAACAGCAUUCGUGGUGUGCUGGGCUCAAUCCUGGGAAUCUUCUACAAUAUUGGAGUCAUCAUUGCAUAUAUCAUCUGUGCUUACAUGUCCUUCUAUACAGUGCCAUAUGUGGUAUUAGCUAUUAUCGCACUGUUCACACUCUACAUAUUCUUUCCGGAAUCUCCCCAAUAUCUGCUGCUGAAGCAUAAGGAUGCAGAAGCUGAAAAGUCCCUCAAAUUCUUCCGUGGCUUCUCCAAAAAUGACCAGACAAAGUUGGAAUUUGAGUCACUGAAAACAUCUGUUAAUGCCUCUAGCACCAAGACAAAUAUAUCCCUCGAGGACUUUAAACCUGCCACUACGAGAAAAGCUAUGCUUGUCACGUACAUUCUUAUUUGCGGACGGAACUUUUCUGGAGUGUUUCCCCUCAUGAACUACACAGUGUCCAUUUUUGAGGAAGCUAACACAGGGAUUGAUCCUCAUAUGUCGGCUAUAAUUGUAGCAGUUAUUCAGUUAGCUGGUACUAUUGUUUCAGCUUACUUUACAGACAAAUCCGGAAGGCGAAUCCUCUUGAUCUCUUCACUAAUUGGGACUGGGCUUUGUCUCAGUGUCAUGGGAAUUUACUUCCUCCUCAAUCACUUGGAGUACGAUCUUUCCAGUGUUUCGUGGCUGCCCGUUGUAUUCUUAUCAGGAACCCUCUUUCUGGCAGCUGGAGUUCUCAAUGUUCCGGUUUACGUUCUGGCAGAACUUCUUCCUGCCAAAGUAAGGAGCAUCGUAGCGACUGUCUAUAUGGCCACAGCUUGGCCUACAACCUUCCUGAUCGUCCAAUUUUACACACCCGUUGCCGAAGCUCUUGGAGUGUACAGCUGUAUGUGGAUAUUUGCUGGAUGGUGCUUCUUCGAAGCGGUAUUUGCGUAUUUUAUGCUCCCAGAGACAAAGGGAAAGAAUGCCAGUGAGAUCGUCCUGGCUCUCGAGGGAAAAAUUAAGUGAGAAAAACAGGCUUUAAUGUGUCACUGAUAUUAUAUUUCCAACGACUUAAAGCUUUACAAGAGCUUUGAAUUUUAAAAGAAAUGCUGUCUUAUCUUUCUUUACUUGAGAAAUUUUAUCACAGACUCAUAUCUAUUGUAGGCUAAGUAAAUAUAAUUCUAGGAAAAAAAAACAAA